GCCUAUUUCUGCGCAGACAUUUAUAAGGAUUCCUUCUGUUUUCCUUCAAGAGACUCACACAGUAAUCCUUCCGUGUUUACGCUGAGGGUCCACUGACAUCUGACUUAUGGAUUAUGGUACAAAAAUACUUUAUUUUAAGAUGUGGAUGUGGAUUUUGAUUGGCCUUAAUUUCAUCACAAAGGUGUAUGGGUAUCCAAAUGGAAAUGUCGCAGAGUCGUGUCAGUCAAUAUUACCUGUACAUCGAGGCAGAACAGGCAGGCCCAUUCCUCCUCAGACGUCUAACCCACCCUAUGAGAUACAUUUCACACUGGGUGAAAAUGGAGAACCUAGUUCAGUAACUCUUAGAGGCAAGCCCAGUAAAUUUAGAGGAUUCUUGUUGGAGGCUCGAGAGACACAUGCACUUGACGAAGGGCCUCCUGUUGGAAAAUUUAUCAUACUUAACCCUGGCAACUCUCAUCUCCUGACAUGCAGUGAACAAGCUGGCUCAGCUGUUAGCCAUUCAAACGAUGCUAGAAAGACUUCAGUGCAAUUUAACUGGACAGCACUGGGAGCAGAACAAAACAUCACUUUCAGAGCCACAGUUGUUGAGACUUAUGACUUCUAUUGGGUGCGAGUGGAUAAGAGUGUCUCUUUACCUGCUCAACCAACUACUGCAAGUACUGAGCCAAGUACAACAAGUGCUACAGAGUCACAUACCACAAAGCCAACUAUUGCUACUAAUACAAAGAACACAGCUGUUAUACUGAUAAGUGUCGACAGUUUUCUAGAGAUAUUGAAAAUGGAAUUGUUAAACAUAGUCACUGCCCUAAACAGCCACUUUUCUCUUCCUCUAAGUAAGGGGUUAAAGAUAUCCUUCAGCGUGCUUUGUGCAGCAGUCGAAAUAAUUGGCAUUAUCUUGUUUUAUGUGGGAGAUUCCUCUGGAGUCACCCUUGGAGCUCUUGUAUGUGUGAUUAUAGUAAUUAACUUCACAGAGCUGGUAAUGGUUUCUCUGUCAUUUGGAUCCAGUCCUGAAGUAAAGGAGAUCUGCAACCAUGUUGUCAAAGUGUGUGCUGUCGUCCAUGAGAUUUUUACAAUUGCCGUCAUCUUUGUUGGUAUUUUGGAGAUCGACUGCAGGCUGAACAGGACAGAGUCUUGGCUUCUCAAAGUGGUGAUCGCUUACACAGCAUGGAUUUUUCUGUUUGAAGUCUGGGUUUUCAUAUUCAGUAUUUACAGUAAAAUAAUACUGAGGAGAAGCAAAAUAGAGAAUUCAAAAAGUAGCGGGCAACAAGGAGGGCAACAGGGACAAAAGAAGAACCUUGAUGCAGCCAAAGUGACUGUCAUCGCUAUCUCAGGGAUCAUCAUUGUUGGAACCAUGAGUUUCAACAUAGCUAUCAUUGUUGGGAUAUCUAAGUUACAGGAAAAGUAGGCCUGGGCACCCAGAUUCAUUAAGAUGUGCUGGUACUUUCUUUUCAUGUGAUUCAGAGUUAUUUUUUCUGUCUUGUACAUAUUAUUUCUAUUUUGUCAAAUGUUUUUAAAUUAUUCAUGAGAUUAAUCAUUUCACUUUGUUUAUAAAUAAAUUGUAUAAUUGUAUGGUCCCUUGUGAGCUGUAAAUACUGCUAAUGUUGAAUCCAAUCUCAAAAUAACAGCAAAGCCACUUAAGUUGAAAAUGUAGGAUUGUCUAAUUUAUUACAUCUUAUCAGUACAUACAAAAUUCCACACUGACAUUGAUUGUUUUUCAUUUUCCAAGGAAGUGUAAUAAAUUGUGUCGAGAGAAA